AUGAUUAGGAAACCAGCCGCUUCCCGUGGUAGGAAUAUGACUUACCCUUUUUAUUGUGUGCAGAUGGCUAAUCGCGGGACAGGUGAUGAUGGACGAGGUCGGAUAUGGGGAGAGGGUAUGGAUUGGACAGGCGGAGGAUUGGGUCACAGAUCAGAUCAGGAUAAUGGAAAUGGCAUUAGUGAGAUGUUUGGACACGAUAGGAGCCCUCUGCAGAGAACAAGAUCUUUUCCUGUUUACGGUAACAUGACUAGAGUGAGAGAAGACAGUAUGGCGAGUAUUGGCCCAAGUCGUAAUUGGGACCAGAGACAUCAACAUGAUCAAUCCGCUCAAUCAAACCCAAGGCCAGAUCAGAACCGUGCCACCAAAAGACCACAAGAUCAUGGAACCGAAAACACCUUGAAGCUUUUACAUGACGUGAUGACCGAGGCACUUGGUAACCAAGGCAGGCGUACUCAACCCCCUGAAGUUUCCAAGCUAUUAUCUACCAUGAAGAACAUUGGAUCCUACAAGUUCAAAGGAGGAUCCGAUCCUAUUGAGGCCGACAAGUGGAUUACUAUGAUGGAGAAGAAUUUUGAAGCCAUGGAGUGCCCGGAGGAGUAUAAGAAGAAGAUCGCUGUGUACUACUUGGAAGGCGACGCCACAGGAUGGUGGGACAGCAUAGACAGACAGCGUGGACACAACAUCACAUCAUGGGAGUCGUUCAAGGGAGAGUUUGAGAGGAAAUACUUUCCUCCAGAAGCAAAGCAUCGAUUGGAGCGCCAGUUCAUGAACCUUGUUCAAGGAGAUCGGCCAGUGAGGAGUUACGAAUCUGAGUUCACAAGGAUAGACGUGGCCGUUUUGACCCCCGCAGACCGAACCCUUCAAGCAAAUCAGUGUAUCAAGAAUGUUCCAUUGGUCAUUCAAGGCAAAGAGUUUGUGGCAGAUCUGUUAGUUGUGCCUUUGAAAGGGUACGAGGUAAUCCUUGGAAUGGAUUGGUUAUCGAGCUACGGAGUUCAGAUCGACUGUGGAAAGGGAAGGUUGUUGUUCGGCAGAGGUAAACGACCAGAGAUGGUAUACUAUGGAAUCAGUCCUAGUAUGACCGUGUCUUUAGUAGCAGCGAUGAGAGACAUAGAAGUGGUCCAAGAUUUUGAGGAUAUCUUUGCACCACUAAAGGAAUUACCUCCACCUCGGAGUAAUCCCUUUACCAUUACUUUGGAGCCUGUAAAAGAUAAGUAUCCUCUUCCGAGGAUAGACGAGUUGUUAGACCAACUAAAGGGAGCUAGUUGGUUUUCGAAGAUUGAUUUGGCAUCAGGGUAUCACCAAAUUCCUAUUGCCAAGUCAGACAUUAUGAAGACGGCGUUUCGGACGAGGUAUGGGCAGUACGAGUUUGUAGUUAUGCCCUUUGGUCUCACAAACGCGCCUGCGGCUUUCAUGCGUUUGAUGAAUGAAGUGUUUCACGACUAUCUCGACAAGUUCGUGAUCAUUUUCAUUGAUGACAUCCUGGUGUACUCGAAAAGUAAGGAAGAGCACAAAGAGCAUCUGAGACUGCCUUUAACUAAACUUACCGGUAAAGGAGUUCCUUUCUUAUGGGUGGAAGAAACCGAGAGGGCAUUCAAGAAGUUGAAGGAAGCUCUCACGACCGCACCUGUGUUAGCUUUGCCCGAGCAAGGUAAACCUUACACGGUUUACACGGAUGCUUCACGCGUUGGGUUAGGUUGUGUUCUUAUGCAAGAUGGGCGAGUCAUUGCAUAUGCUUCGCGACAACUACGGAAGCAUGAGGAUAACUACAGUACACAUGACUUGGAGUUAGCGGCCGUGGUUCUUAAAUACCUCUUCACUCAGCCAGAUCUCAACCUGCGCCAGCGUAGGUGGAUGGAGUUUGUGGCAGACUACGACAUACGGAUUCGCUACCAUCCUGGUAAAGCGAAUGUUGUUGCGGACGCCUUAAGUACAAGCGAGCCAUUGGGACUUCAAGCGGUGAAUCAGGCCAGCUUGAUUCAGAGAAUUCGAGAAGAACAACUUAAGGAUGAGAAGUUACUGAAGAUUGCUGAAGAACUCAAAGGACAAGCCGGGCCAAAUAAUGCGGGAUACUACUUGGCGGAGGACGGAACCUUGCUAAUUAAUGGGAGGAUCACGGUUCCUAAAGGACAAGGGCUGAGAGAUGAGAUACUAAGGAUUGCACAUCAUUCUUUACUCAGUAUCCAUCCUGGAAGUUCGAAGAUGUACCGAGACGUGAGAAGAUACUAUCAUUGGCCGGGCAUGAAGAGGUCAGUAGCACAAUGGGUUGCUCAGUGUGCAACUUGUCAACAAGUCAAGGUGGAACAUCAAGUUCCAGGAGGAUUGUUGCAGAGUCUUCCGAUACCUCAAUGGAAAUGGGACUCUAUUUCCAUGGAUUUCAUCACCGGAUUACCUAUUGCUCCAGGUAGAUCGAACAACUCGAUAUGGGUGAUUGUGGAUAGGUUAACCAAGGUCACACACUUGUUGCCUAUGCGGGACACUGAUAAAGUUGAAGUUUUGGCCGAGCUGUACAUCGACCAAAUCGUGAAGUUACAUGGUGUACCCUCUGACAUCGUCUCAGAUCGCGAUCCAAGGUUCACGGCAUCAUUUUGGGAAGCACUGCAAGAAGCCUUGGGAACUAAACUGUACAGAAGCACGGCAUUCCAUCCAGAAACAGAUGGCCAAACGGAAAGGACCAUUCGGACCAUCGAGGACAUGCUGCGGAUGUGUAUUCUCGAUUGGGCUGGAACUUGGGAGAAGCAUUUACCGUUGGUUGAGUUCUCGUAUAACAACAGUCAUCAUUCGAGCAUAGGGAUGUCACCUUAUGAAGCAUUAUACGGAAGGCCAUGCAAGACGCCUAUGUGUUGGACGGAAGUGGGUGAAAGAAGAAUGUUUGGGUCACCUAUUGUUAAGGAGACCAUGAUUAAACUGGAGACGAUUCAGGCCAACAUGAAGAAGGCUCAAGACCGUCAGAAGAAGUACGCAGACCAGUCAAGAAGAGAAGUAACUUUUGAGAUAGGAGAUUGGGUCUAUUUGAAGGUUACUGCACAGAAAGGGAAGGACAGAUUUGGCAAGGGCGGGAAACUUGCGGUCAGGUUCAUUGGUCCGUACAGGAUCAUCGGGAAAGUUGGUGAGGUAGCUUACCGAUUGGAUCUGCCAGCAGAUAUGCAUCUACAUCCAGUAUUCCAUGUUUCCAUGCUUCGGAAACAUAUACGGGAUCCAAGUUCUGUUGAACCCGAGAGAAUCGAGGAGUUGGAGACAAACCUUACGUAUCCGGAAGGACCAAUCAGAUUAGGAGAACGGCGUAUUCGGAAGCUCAAAAAGCGUGAGAUUGCUCAAGUACAAGUGUUCUGGGGAAGACAAAACAGGAUUCAUGUUACUUGGGAGGAUGAAGCGAGAUUUAAAACCGAUCACCCGGAGUUAUUCCGAGAGGACGUUGUAAUGAAAGAAGGAGGCCCCUCAGAGCCAUAG